AAUAAUCUAGAUGUAAUUUCCUGUGAGUCUCACCAUAAACCCAAGGCAAAAGAGGCGAGCGGGACCAAUUCUGGUGGUGGACUCCAUCCAUCCUGGGGUUCUGUGAGGUGAGACCAUGAGCUCAAAGGUCAUAGCCACUGUGCUUGCCGUCUGCUCCAUAAUAUUUGCCUUCAACUCUAAGCUAUUUUUUGGGCCUCCUUCAAUUCCGGGUUCUGAGGAUCUGCUCCACGCUGCUCAGAUCCUCCAUGUCACCGGAGCCGUCGGGCCGGAGAGCCUCGUCUUCGAUAGCAACGGGGAGGGUCCGUACACGGGCGUCGCCGACGGACGAAUUCUCAAGUGGCAAGGAGAGGGUCGAGGCUGGAGUGAUUUUGCCUUCACAACUUCUAAUAGGACGGAAUGUACACGUCCAUUUGCACCAGAGUUGGAGCAUAUUUGUGGGAGGCCACUUGGACUGAGUUUUGAUAAGAAAAGUGGAGAUCUGUACAUCGCCGAUGCCUACCUUGGCCUUCAAGUCGUGGGACCUACAGGUGGUUUAGCCACCCCUUUGGUCACCCAUGUUGAGGGUCAACCCUUGCGCUUCACCAAUAGCAUGGACAUCAGCGAGGACGAAGAUGUCAUUUACUUCACUGAUUCUAGCGCUGUCUUCUACAGAAGGGAAUUCAUGAGUUCGAUUCUUAGUGGGGACAAGACUGGUCGGUUAAUGAAAUAUGAUAAGUUGACCAAAGAAGUGACGGUGUUGAUGAGGGGGCUUGCUUUUGCCAACGGAGUUGCACUGAGCAAAGAUGGCUCAUUUCUCUUGGUGGCAGAAUCCUCUGCAUGCAGGAUCCGUAGGCUCUGGCUUCGUGGACCCAACGCAGGUCAAGUAGACACAUUUGCUGAGCUUCCUGGUUUGCCAGAUAAUAUAAGAAGGAACUCAAAGGGGGAGUUUUGGGUGGCUUUGCAUGCAAAAGCUAGUCCUUUCGCCAGAUUGGUUUCUUCAAAGUCAUGGGCUGGAAAUGGAAUGCUAAAUCUUCCACUCGACUUCAAACAAUUGCACGCAUCGUUCACCGGGUGGAAGCCUCACUCCUCUGUUAUGAAGCUGAAUGAUAAAGGAGAAGUAUUGCAAGUGUUGGAAGAUUGUGAAGGGAAGGCCUUGAGAUUUGCUAGCGAAGUGGAGGAGAAGGAUGGGAAGCUCUGGAUUGGUUCAGUGUUAAUGCCCUUUAUUGGCAUUUAUGAGUUAUGAGCAUGAUAUUGUAACUGUCCAUCAUAGAAGCUAGUGCGCAUCGCACUAAACUUGGCAUUCAACUUUUCCCACUAAAUUUAGCUUCUCGACGAGAUCUUGAACACACUCCUUCAUAAACACAACAUUUCCCGAAAGAACUAAGAAUAAUGGACGUGUAAUGAUUAACGGGAAAGAUUGCGUCAAUUUUUGUACUGUUGUUGCA